AUGGCCAGGGUGAGCACCAGAAUCAUCUUCUAUGAGGACAGGAACUUCAUGGGCCGCUCCUAUGAGUGUAGCAGUGACUGUUCCAACAUGUCCUCCUACCUGAGUCGCUGCCACUCGUGCAGGGUGGAGAGCGGCUGCUGGAUGGUGUAUGAUCAACCCAACUUCAUGGGAAACCAGUAUUUCCUCAGGAGGGGCGACUACUCUGACUACAUGAACAUGUGGGGCUGGGGCAACAACUGGAUCAGGUCCUGCCGCAUAAUCCCAAUGUACAGAGGUUCCUACAGAAUGAGGAUGUACGAAAGGGAGAACUUCAUGGGCCAGAUGAUGGAUGUGACUGACGACUGCGACUCCAUCGCGGAUCGCUACCACUGGUCAGGUGGAUGCCACUCGUGCCAUGUUAUGGAUGGCCACUGGCUCAUGUACGAACAUCCCCACUACAGAGGCAGGAUGUGGUACUUCAGACCCGGAGAGUACCGCAACUUCAGGGAGAUGAUGGGAAUGAGUGGAAUGAGGUUCAUGAGCAUGAGGCGUAUCAUGGAUUCCUGGUAUUAA